AGCGAGCAGAACCCGGAGCAGAGCACUGCCGGCGCUGGAACCCGACGCAGCAUGGCCGGCGAGGAGCUGACGCGCAAGCUGCAGCACCGCCUGCGGCUCGAGGACACGGAGGAGCCCCGCGCCGCCCCGGACCCCGCGCCCUCGACCGGCGCCGACGCCGAGCUGAGCGCGCAGCUGAGCCGCCGCCUGCACAUCGCGGAGGGCGCGGCGCCGCCCAGACGCUGCCGGGUCUUCAACCCCUACACGGAGUUCCCGGAGCUCAGCCGCCGCCGCCUCAAGGACUUGGAGAGUGUGUUCCGGAGGUACGAUGCUGGGCGUGAUGGCUUCAUUGACCUCAUGGAGCUGAAGCUGAUGAUGGAGAAACUGGGCGCCCCCCAGACCCACCUGGGCCUGAAGAGCAUGAUCAAGGAGGUGGACGAGGACUUUGACGGGAAGCUCAGCUUCCGGGAGUUCCUGCUCAUCUUCCACAAGGCAGGGGCUGGGCAACUGCAGGAGGACAGCGGGCUGAUGGCCCUGGCACAGCUCUCUGAGAUCAACGUCGCCCUGGAGGGUGUCAAAGGGGCCAAGGAUUUCUUUGAAGCCAAGGCCCAGGCCCUGUCGUCCGCCAGCAAGUUCGAGGCCGAGCUCAAGGCCGAGCAGGACGAGCGGAGGCGGGAGGAGGAGGAGCGGAGGCAGCGCCGGGCCGCCUUUCGGGAGCUCCAGGCCGCCUUCAGCGCCUAGCGCCGGCCUCCCUGCCGCCCGCCCGCCCGCCCGCGCCCAGCUCCGGAAGGCCGUCACCCCGCAGCGCCCUGCCGUCCUGCCGAGGCGGGGACCCACCUCCCCGCGGCCCGCUUUCUCCCAUCCUUCCCUCUCCGACUGGCUCAUAGUCAGCUUCUCUUGGCUGCUUUUGCCCUGGGGAGCCGGGAUGCUCAGGCCAGGCCCACUCCCCGCCCAUCUCCAGCGGGGCAGCAGCUGCCCCCAAGCCCACCCUCUGCACCCUUCACCAUCCGGGCCUUUUCUUGUUAGCCCUUUUCCUCUUUUAACUUCUGUGUGACCCAGCUCUAGGAAUGAAGGAAUCAUCAGCCAGAGCCCCACGGAGAAGGGUUCCUGCGGACUCUGACGCCACUGCGGUCACAGUGUCCCCCAGACACGUUAGGGCCUCUCUGGGUCCCCGAGGUCAGAUGCCCUCCUCCUCCAGCCGGUGUCCACCAUGGACUUGGGGUGCUGCCCGCCCCAGGAGAUGCUCAAUUCCUGUGAGCUAGGGUCUGCUCAAAGCAACCACGCCCUACUGUGUAUUUCAUUUCCUAAUGUAUUUAUUGCUUCUGUUUGGGACUGCUGCCUUUGCAAUAAAGACGCCACCUGCCUUCCACCUUA